AUGAAUCGUCCCAUAGGUACAAUGUCUGGAGAAGCCCAGCGACGUUCCAACCCCCGCAACUUCCUAAGCCUACCUCCAGAACUACGCCAUGUCAUCUACCGCCACCUGCUCAUUCCGAGUCCCAUUGUGAAAAUGAAACGGAAGGCUUACGAUCUCGAGCCCGCCAUCCUACUUGUCAACAAGAAGCUUUACCAAGAAGCUUUGUGGGUGCUUUACCGAGAGAAUGACUGGAUCCUGUUGCACGUUAAGGCCCCCUUUCAGACACAUCUGGACGGCUGGCAUCUAGAGAAUGAUUUCCAACGUUAUCCUAUUGUACCUCUUGCUGAAAAGAGCUUUAGCCAAAAGCCAUGUCUAGAAGUGGAAAUUUGCGAGACGGGCGCUCAAGUGCGAGGCAGGGCCGGAGGGGACCCAAGAAGAUUCCUAGUCUCGCUGGAUGGCUUGACCAAGGUCUGCCAAAUACUAACUGCGGCCAAAAACACAUCGAGUCUGGAAAUCAUUCUGAGUUUCGUCGAAGUGAAAGCCGAUACCCUAAAUCAGAUCAUGGAUUGCCUAGAAGAAGUCUGCGGAUAUGGCAACGUUGUUGCGAAGGGACUGGACGCUGAAGCUACACAAAAAGCAAUCAACAAGGUCAUGAUGGCGGAGGCAUCCACCGGCAAAGAGACGCUAGAGCGGACCACUAAGUACGAGGCCGGUAUCACUGAACACAUCGCUCACGGAAGAUACAUCCCAGCCAUGAAGGCCUGCCAGGAUGGUAUGGCGUACAUAGACUUUGUUUACAACAACUUGGGCAAUCGGGACUUGAAUCCUCACUCCAGCCUGGUCCCGACACUUCUAAAGUUCACGAAUUUUGCUUUGAAGCAUGCUCGCUGCUGCUUGGCUUGCGAAGAUUUUCAAUCAGCCCGCGAAAUCAUGAACCUUCUCCUAGGUUCCGAUCCUCACACAUCGCUCUAUCAGCCGAGUCGUCCAUAUGUUAGUGAGGCCCACUUCUACUAUGGACAGUCGAUGGUCGCAGGCGGGGCCGAGAAUGCUGCUGCGUUCAGUUUCUUCCGAGCACUGGAUGUAGUUCCCUCCCACGAAGGAGCUAAUGCGGAGCUUGACGCAAUGGAAGUCAGACUCGCACUCCGAGGGCCAGAUGCCGAGACACAGCGGGUUAGGCAAAACCUCCAGACCCUUGGGGCCUGGCGGCACAGAAAUGAGCAAGACGGGCGCCUGCCCCACGCUGAGCGCACAAAGCGUAUCUCAGAGUUUCUGCUGUCAGACGAUGAGAGGAUACCUUUCGAAAAGCGAUUAAAAGCGAUUAUCGACCGCAACGAACCACCUUUUAGCAAAUUCGUUAAUCUGAACUAG